AUGGUCUUCACUCGAAGCCGCUCGCAAAAGCUGAGCGCUACACCGUCCCCGCCCUUCUCGCAGGUACGCGCGGAGUUCGGGGUCGAUCCCGCAGUUUACGUUCGUGCCCCUCGAGGGGAGCCGGUCAAGCCUUUGGCGCCGUUCGAUGCCUCCACAUGCCCCUCGAGCGUUAAUGUUUCUUUGAUCACUUCAGAGAUUAUGUGCCCGUUCGAUCCUAAUGAUGUGAUGGAUUGGGCGGAAGACAUCGAUGAAGACGAAGAUUUUUACCCUGGAGGUGAGGAGGAGGUAGAUGACGAAGAAGAAGAUGAAGAAAGAGACAGGAGUGAACAGGGAGAGGAUCACGAGGUAGAGGAGGAUGCUGACGACGAAGAUGAAGAAGACGAAGACGAAGACGAAGAAGACGAAGACGAAGAAGGCGAAGACGAAUCGGGUGAAGACCUCGCCCCUUAUGACGCCGCCGUAGUCUGCGACGAUUAUGCAUGCUGCGGCAGCAACAAUCAGAAAGAACACUGCAGCAGAUGGCGGCCCUGGGCGAUCUGCUCGCAGCCAGGCCCAGCACCACAUCCCGCACCCCGAAGCGGAGGCGCCCACACCGCCAACAUACAAGUAUGCGACCACUGUAUGGAGCACGGCCGCAACCAGAAAAGUGCUAUUAUCUCACAGGUCUCCAACGCCACGUACCAGAGCGGUCUUUCCGCCCCACUCUGCGAGUCGUGCGUAAAAGACGAAGUGCAGCUGUUCUGGAUGCGCGUGGCCAUGCAGCAACCGGUUUCGAUGUCAAAUCUCAUGUGGCCUAAUGCGAGCAGAAGCCAGAGCUUCUGCGUGUGCUAUUCGGCUAUCUGGGACAAUGUACACGACUGUCAUUCUUGCAGAGACAGAAUAUGGGAUGAGCAAGUACUCAUACCCUGGCGCGAGAACGAAGACAUACUGCGCAAGUGCGGUCCUUCUACCCUCACUGGCGAGCGCAUGAAGUUGGGCCUCCCGCCCAAGAAAGUCGGCGGCACGUACGAGACCGACCGCCAGGUCAGAGGUAUCGGAAGGUCUUGUCCCUGUGGAAGGGAUCCCGAUGUCGCGUCUUUGGCGUACGCUUCAUACUGUUUGGCGUGUAUGGGCGUUACGAUUCGCAUAUCCUUUCUUCCUCCUCAUCUCCAACGGGCGCAGUUUAUGGCUUCGAGGGAUGGGAAUAGGAGGCUGAGGAAGACAAAAGUGCUUGGGAGGAAGCGCGGUCCUGAGUUUCGCGUCAAUAUUGAUAGAGGGUGGUUGCCGGAUGAUCCUUUUACGCGUGAGGGUCGGGAGUAG